AUGAAAAAAUUAUAUUUAUUAUUUGAGUGUUCUGCUGGUUAUUUUUUGCUAAAAGUGGAAGAAUGGGAUCAGAUAGGGACUAACGAAAAUAUAGAAAAAAAAAUAUUGGAUCCGGAUAUAUUUCAUCAAAUAGUUCGUUUUUGUUCUUUUAUAUCUUUUGAAACAGCUGAAAGAGCACUUGAUAAUUUAAUUAACAUAAACGAAGGAAAAGCAACAGAAUUUCUUUUAAAUUUUUUAGAACAAAAUUUGCCAAAUAACAAAAGUAAAUAUGAAUUAGGAGUUACAGAUCUUAACUUAGGAAAGUUUUUAUCCAAUAUUGGUUUUAAUGUUAUACAUAAUAAUAAUAUAUUGGAGUUAUUUAGAGCAUGUAGGCUAUUUUAUUUAAAAAAAAUAUCUACUUACGUAAAUAAUAUUGAUAUAGAUAUAAAAAACUUUAACAUAGGACUAGGUCAUAGCUACUCAAGAUCUAAACUGAAACUUGAUCCACGAAAACAAGAUAAAUCAAUUAUAAACAGCAUAGCAACAAUUGAAUCAUUAGAUAAAAAUAUAAAUUUAUUUAGUAUGAGAGUUAUUGAGUGGUAUAGUUGGCAUUUCCCUGAAUUGAAAAAAAUUGUUACAGAUGUAUGUAUGUAUUGUAAAUUAGUUAAUUUGAUAAAAAUAAAAGAAAAUUUUGAUUUUGAAAAUAACCGAGAAAAAAUAAAUGAAAUAACACAAAAUGAAGAAAUGACAGAAAAUAUUUCUAAAGUUGCUAACUUAUCAAUUGGUCAAGAAUUAACAGAAGAAGACUUAAAUAAUAUAAUAAAUUUUUCAAAAGAAGUUAUAAAUUUAUCAAACACAAGAAAUAUACUUUGGAAUUAUCUAGAUAAAAAAUUAAAUAUUGUCUCACCUAACUUAAAAGAACUAUUGGGUAAUACUUUAAGUGCUCGUUUAAUUAGUCAUGCAGGCUCAUUAGUAAAUUUAGCCAAAUGCCCAUCUAGUAGUAUUCAAAUAUUUGGUUCAGAAAAAGCUCUUUUUAAUUCAUUAAAAGGAAAUAAAAAAACUCCCAAGUAUGGUAUUUUAUAUAAUUCAUCUUAUAUUUCUAAAACCCCUUUAGCAUUAAAAGGAAGAAUGUCUAGAUAUUUAUCAUGUAAAAGUGCCAUGGCUGCAAGAAUUGAUUCUUUUUCAGAUUAUCCUACUAAUUCAUACGGUCUUAUUUUCAAAAAACAGCUAGAACAUAAAAUUUUACACAUGAUAAAAGGAGUUAAACUUUCCAAAAAUAUUGAUUAUAUGAACGAGGCAGAACAAAUAUAUCAGAAAGAAAUUAGUAUCAUAGAAAAAGAUAAAGAACUAAAAAAAGUUAAAAAAGAAUUGAAAAAAAAAGAAAAAAAAGAGAAAAAAAAGGAAAAAAAAGAAAAAAAAGAGAAAAAAAAGGAAAAAAAAGAAAAAAAAGAAAAAAUAAAGAAAGAGGACACAAAUGAAAAGGAAGGAGAAAACCAAAAACUAAAUGAAAUUGUAGAAGAAAAGAAAAAAAAAAAAAAGGAAAAAAAAAAAGGUAAAGAAGAAGAAAAAGAAAAAGAAAAAGAAAAAGAAGAAGAAAAAGAAAAAGAAGAAGAAAAAGAAAAAGAAAAAGAAGAAGAAGAAGAAGAAGAAGAAGAAGAAGAAGAAGAAGAAGAAGAAGAAGAAGAAGAAGAAAAAAAAAAAGUGGAAAAAAAAUUAAAAAAAAAAGAAUUAAAAAAGAUUAAAAAGGAAGGAAAGAAAAAAAAAAAGAAGGAAAAAAAAGAUAAAAAAAAAAAAGAGAAAAAAAGUGAAAAAUAG